AUGGAAAAGACCAGUGAUCGUAAAACCACGAAAAAACCGUAUGAAGAAAUCGGAGCUAUAUUUAACGGAAACGAGGUCAAAAUCAGGAUUCCAAAAAGUACUUCAAAGCCACCAAAGUUGACUCCAUCACAGCUAAAGUUACAAAACCAAUGUACAUGUGACGAUGAAGGAUCGAUGUGUUCAGAGACAUGCGGCUUUCCAGGAGAACCAAAUGGAGGACCAGCUAAUAGACUCAAUUUUCAGAUUCCUGAUGAUAUUUGCGAAGCUCUAACCAACAGAACUCCUCUCAAUUCAGAAUUAGUUUACAGCAAGAAGGAAGCUCAUGACAACCUCUGCAAUUUGUGUAAUGUUACACCCAGUAAUGCUCCAAAGGGUGUCCAAGCACAAAAAGUACUUUAUCCAGAUAAAGAUGUAUUCCUGCUUAAAAUUGGGAAACAAACUGAUGAACCGAACCGCACAGGAAACAUUGAGGUAGAGCUAGUUACUCCUCGGGCACCAGCUAAACCACAGCCAGCGACUCAUUCUUGCAAACAAAUACAGUGCGAAGAAAAUGAAAUACCUUGUUGCCUACCAUGCAGAACGUGUCGUCGUGUCUAUCCUAAAAAAAGAAAGACUAAAAGGCCUAAUUGUUGUUUGUAAUUAAAAUCACCUGUCAAAUAGAAAAAAAAAUAAUGUUUGUAAUUUUUUAUACAUUAAUGAAAAUUGUAAUGUUACUACGUAAUUAUUUUUCUUGUCGAAAUCGUUCUAUAGAAUUCUAUUUUUCUAAGUACAUAUCAAAGAAAGUUCCUAACUGCUAACGUAGAUAAUAUGCAUUGGUCAUAGGCGUAAUAAAUCAUUUUCUGGUUUA